GCUCACUCUACGAGGGCCAAUGGAUGGACGGCAAACGGCACGGCAAAGGCAAGGAAUACGCCCCAUGCCAAGUGCGCAACCAGCAAGGCGGCCAGUAUGAGACCAAGAUGUGUCUCGUGUAUGAGGGCGAUUUUGCGGAGGGCAAGCGGGAGGGACGGGAGGGCACCGAAUACCAAGCCAUCAACGGGCAAAUGGUGCAGGUCUAUGAAGGAGAAUGGAGAGCCAACAAGCGGCAUGGACAGGGCAGGGAGCUUCCCCACUACGAUUCGAGCACAGGACAACAGAUUCUCGAGUACAAGGGGGACUGGAUGGACGGCAAGAGACACGGCAAGGGUGAGGAGCUUACUGACGGCAAGGUGAUCUACAAGGGCGGUUGGGCAGAUGGAGAGAAGAACGGAGACGGCGUGGCGACGGGCAUGCGGUGGGAACAGAAUUACAGAUACCACGGCCCGACACGCGACGGCAAAGCGCAGGGCGAGGAUGGGGAAUUGCGAGAUGGCAACGACCGUGUCGUCUACAAGGGCGACUGGCAAGACGGCAAGCGGGAGGGAAACGGUGUCGAAUGUGCGAUGUACAGGCAGAAGGAGGUGAAGGUCUACGAGGGAGAGUGGAGAGACAACAAACGGCAUGGCCGAGGGACAGAGUUCCACCAUGAGGACGGCCAGCUGUUGUACGAGGGCGAGUGGGUCAACGGACAGAGGACAAACAUAGGAGAGGGAAGGGUGGGCUUCAUGCCGCUCCAAGACGACAAGAAAAAGCUGGUGGGCUACUAUCACGGCGAGACCCAACACGGGGUGCCAAAUGGGAAGGGGGAACUGCGAUAUGGCAUCAAUGUCGUCUACAAGGGCGAUUGGCAGGACGGCAAACGGAACGGGAAGGGUGUCGAGUACGCAAUGCAUAGUCAGAAGAUGGUGAAGGCCUACGAGGGAGAGUGGAGAGACAACAUACGGCAUGGCCGAGGGACAGAGUUACGUCAUGAGGACGGGCAGCUGAUCUACGAGGGCGAGUGGGCCAAUGGAGAGAAGACAAAGAGAGGGAAGGGAAAGGUGGGCUUCAUGGAGCUCGAAGGCGACCAGGGACAGGUGCUGGGCGACUAUCACGGUGAGACACAAAACGGGCAGCCAAAUGGGGAAGGGGAAAUACGAGAUGGCAACAAUGUUGUCUACAAGGGCGGCUGGAAGAACGGCAAGCAGCACGGCCAGGGCAAGGCAUACUACGGCUACGGUGGUGGUCCUAUGUUGUGGUUCGAGGGUGAAUGGCGGGAGGGCCUGGCCCACAGCGGCACCCUCUUCCCGGACGGCCACUGGAGUGCGUACAAGAAUCCUGACGGCACCCCCUAUUGUCCCAUCACGCCCAUUCGAUGGCAGGACGGACAGAAGAUACCCGACAGGGACCUGGACGGUUAUGGGACGAAAUUGUAUGAGUGGCUGCAGAAUCAGGGUCUGUCGGGGUAUUUCCCUGCUGAUGCAUUCUGACAGCGAGCGUGUCUCUUGCCGCCCGGCUGUCUGGCUGUGUGUGUCGUCUGUCUACGGUUCUGUCUUUGCAUUGGAGGGAGGGAGGGAAGCAGUGGCUGCUCUUCUCCUUCUUCUCUCUCUUGUAUGGCUGCCUGGCUACCCAUUGGUGAAAGUGUGUCGGACAAGAGACUGAGGACUCACACGCAUCUGUGCAUGGCAGUGGUAUUUCGAUUGUUGUCGGCCCUCCAUCUGUGAGCAGUACAAUCGACCGAUACGCUGUCUAAGCACUCCCAUCAGUAUCUUGUCGAUUGGACACGUCUGUAUGUGCCUGUCUCUCUGGCUGGCCGACUGGCUGCGGGAUUGAAUG